CCGGAUAUUAUGCAUGCAACAUGGACAGCAGAUCGAGAAUGACAGAGAGCUCAACCCCUCUUAACGUCUUAUCGAGCUGAUGCUUUCAAAUCUGGGGCGGGGGCAUUAAAUUGCUCUCCAUUGGUGGGCCUUGGUUUGUACUGGUGCAUGCUUAGCCUUGGAGGUCCUAAAGACAGGCUCAGUCGUAGGUGAUGUCCACUAGCAAUGCAUGUCAGCAUGCAGAAAGCAAAGGAACGGAGGUACUCCCCACUGCGGAUGGGGAAAGGAGCUUUGUUCCCCUAUAAAUGCUCUUACCCGCGAGCCUUGUAAGAUGUCAAGCGAGACGAGUACACAGCGGCUUUUCGAGGAGUCAUCGACGGUCUCAUCUUCCUCAAGACGCCUGGCCAGUGCAUCGAGACCGACACCGCAAUUGACUCCUCAGCGGUUCCCUGAUCCGUUGAAAUCGCCCAUCUUCACGAGGCCGCGGGGUCGAUUUCUCUUGGACCAAAAGAGUGACGAAAGAUGCUUUGGCCCGACGGCUUUGGAGUCGCUAAUGCUCAACAUCAAGGAUGAGCUCUUGGAGAGCCCUGAUAUGGACAGAGGCACCGUGAAGGAAUGCGUGUUGCAGGCACAACGCAAGAUUGAUCUUCUAGUCGGCCAGGGAGAAGAGAUGCCCCUCGGGGAAAAGUCACCCCCUACGACGCCUCCCUUUGCCAUUUUAGAUGCAAUGAUUGAGCCAUACUUUACAACAGUCAAUGAACAUUUUCCCAUCUGGACAAAGAAAGGGUUUAUGCAAAUGGCGACUACCUUGCGGCAAUCAACACCGGCCCAAAGGGACCUGGCCUCGAUCAUCUGCUGCAACAACCUCAUCCUCAUGGCCAUGUCGGCAGACUCCCUCAGCUCCCACCAGCGAGAGUCAAUGCAACCCAAGCCGACGCGCAAGUCGUCGUCGAUCGACUUUGACCUCAUUGCGGGCUUUUUGACAAACGCAAAGCACGCGGUCAACAAUCUUGAUCAACUGGUCUCGCCCCACCUCAUCAAUGUGCAGGCACUCUUAUCUCUGCACAUAGUCGCGCAAAUGUACCUCUCUAUAAGCCUCUCUGAGACGUUAUUUGCUCUAGCCACCAGAUGUGCGAAGUCCAUCGGCCUUCAUCAAUGGCACUCCUUUCACGACCAACUCAGCCAUGAAAACAUCCAGGAAAGACAAAAUAUUUCAUACUGUUUAUACGUUCUUGACAAGGCCGUUUGCUGGACGGCUGGAUCGUCUCCCAGUAUACCAGUCUCCGAGGUCCAUUUCGACCCAUGCCUCUUGCCUUCUGAAAACGGUAUCCCAUCCGGCCUGGUUGCAAAGGCCGAUAUGGCUAGGAUCGAAGAGACCGUCUACUUGGAGAUAUAUGCUGUCCACGUGCAGGGGAGAAGUGAGGAUCAGGUUCGAGAAUUCGCUGCAACGAUUUCCUCAAGACUUCAAGAGUGCCUGACCGAGUCGGGAGUUGACAUGGAGAAGAUCCAAAAGUCUUCUGAGGGCUCCGCCCCGCAUCUCCAGUUGGCAAUCAGAUAUCUGUCUGUCCAACUGCUCCUCAUUUGGCCCCACAAGCACCAUCCCGAUCCGAUGUUUCAACGAGCCCUGGAGGUCGCUAGGAUGUGUUUGAAGCUGUUGUUACGCCUCUGGCAUUCCCCGCCGGAUCAAGGGAGUCAGGCUAUUUUCUCGUUUUUUCUCGCCUCACUUCCAUCACUAUAUCUUUAUGAAGUAUUGUCCUCCAUUCUCUGCGAAUUUGUGGAGAUGCUGCAGACCAUUACCGACUCACGCGCAGAGGCCUCAUACAAUCGACGGCUAUACCAGCUGUCCCUCAUUGUCACUGACAAGCCGACCUCGCAAGGCUCGACAAAUGCGUAUCUGAUGUCGGAGCUACUCUCGCCUCCAACAAGCGGUUAUACCUACAUGAAUUCAGAGGUUCCAGAAACCUUUGAUUCACGCUUCCAUGGUGCGGUUUUCCCAGAUCCAGAUAGUUCCUUUGCCUCCAUGAGCCCAAUCACUUCGACAAGCGGCGAGUUGGCUCGAGGCCCCGAGGAGUUUUUGCCGCAAUUGAGGAGCUACGCCAAGAUGGCUCCCGGGGACGAAAGCUUCAAUCCUCUGGCCAUGGAAGCCUUGGGAGACUCUGUUCAUUUUUGGAAGGAUGUCCACUAG